AUGAAGUUUCUUACAAGAAACAAACAAACUCUGCGAUAUUUUUUGUAUCGUUUCUGGAACGAGUCUUUCAUUCAACACAAGUUUUCACUGACGAUAAAGCGCACGUUUGAGAAAUCUCUCUGCCUUGGAACAGGAAUUACAUUUGCGGCGCUGAUAUUUAUAAUUUCAAUUCCCAAUGCGAUAAUCCUAGUAACUCUAUACAGAAAUCCUCUUCGUUGCUUCAGAAAAACCUUCACGGUGUUUCUAGCGUUCAUAACCGCGACAGAUCUCUUUGUGGGGAGUGUAGUUUGCACUGGACUAGCCAUAACGCGAUUUUUGUGUUCUCUCCGUGGAAAACAGUUUCCUGGCGAAGGUGACAUUCCCACAAUUUUAGGAUACAUUGGAAUCAACAGUUCAAUCCUUAUGGUCACUGCUAUGUCCGUGGAUCGACUUGUGUCGGUCGUUUGCCCACACUUUUAUCUAAACACGGUUAAACCAAAGACACUUGUCUCAUGCAACUCAAUCAUCGUUAUUUUUUCUGCGAUAUUUGCCUGCCUCCAACUUGCUGGGAUUCCAAUUGCUGUGUAUAUUUCCAUAGAUAUACAUCUGCACACGACAUUUCCUCUUAUCACGACAAGUUUGUCUUAUUUAGGAAUAUUCUUUGUCUUGCGGAAACGCGCUCGAGUCGAUUUUCAAAGACGGGAGGCCAAUUCGACAAAUGCUUAUCUUAGUGACAUGCGAACGAUAACGCGUGUUAAAAAAGAGAGGAAAUUUGUCACGACUUCCUUCUUAAUUCUGCUUUUCCUAAUCAUCUCCCUAAUUCCAUACUUUGCAUCAAUUCUUGUUGAUGCGAACUGUUCUGGUUGUCGCGGUAAGAAAUGGCUUAUUGUGCUGAGAGAAUCUUCAGUGGUAUUCUUAUUUCUAAAUUCAACUGUGAACCCCUUAUUGACAACAUUUCGAAUCAACGAGUUGAAACAGUCCUUAAGAAUUGUCAUCCGCGUGCAAAAACAAGAAGAUGUAAGCAGUUUUGGAAGUUCUGUCCAACAGAAAACAAAGAGGAAUACAGCCUCCGUUUAACUGGCUUAACUCUACUCUGCUCUAAAGAGCCUAUGAACAAGCCAAACAAAGGAUUCCUCUCAAGUUGCAGAAAUGGAACCUUAGUCAACCUUGUGGAUAACAACCACAGCAAGUUCCGUUUCUAUGGUCGAAUAACCCACCAACAGUGCUAUUAACAGAAGUUCCUAAGCAAGCGAUACCACACACCAGGCUCAAAGCAAAUAGAGUCCUUUAUUCGCCAGCAGUGACCUUAAGCAAACCACGACGGCGACGGCAGUGAAAACGAGGGAAACCAAAAGCUUUUAAUGGGCAAGACAAUAGCUGUGCGCGUGCGUUUUAUGGUCUUUUACAUUCCUUUACCGUCCUUUGCAAACCAGCAAGGUGGAAUCACCAAAUUUUUCGCGGUCUGAGAACGGAACCCGAGGACGAAAUACUCUUUUUUUUUUUUAAUUCAUCGCUGCUUACAAAUGCUUUGUUGAGGCUGCAUUAGGGUUGUCGACAAACGGCACCAUUGUAGGGACGCCAAACCCAUUAUUCCAUUUGAGAAAUUCAUUAGAAAGUUAUGAAUUUAUUUCGUCUUUAGAGAAUUAAGUUAACUCUUCUGCGUUGUCGUCCUGUCUGUUUAAGGCCCUUUACGCCAAUCCUCCACCCCGACUGUUCUAUGCACAACUUUAUAUGGUAUAUGACAGGAGCAUGUCACCUGUUCGCAGUUCCUAUUUUUUGAUUUGAUAUCAUUACCCUAUUAGCUCGCUCAUGCACGACUUGUUUGUAAAUAAGGCCACAUGCUACGUUUGAAUGGAAUUCAGGCUGAGGUUUUGCUGAAAUUAACUAAGGAGUAUAAACCUGAAAUUCUGCAUGGAAUGAAACACUGGAAAAGUACCCAGCGAGAAGUUAGAUAGACUGAUGGAAAUUUUCGUCAUCCGUGUCCCGGGAGACCUAUAUCACCUGAGAAUAUCCUCAAUAUGCUUUUACUUACGUAGGUGCUUAUGGAUGACGUUAUAUAUUACUAUAAUCAUUCAGUGCAAGGUAAUUUCAAUACUAA